AUGAAUGUGCCAGCCUUGAGUGCCAUCCGCGUCGCCUGCUUGCCAGCCAACACAACAUCGGUGUUGCAACUUAUGGAUCAGGGGAUCAUCAAAAAUGUGAAGGUGCUGUACCGAAAGCACCUUCUCGAGUGGAUGCUCUUGUGCAUGGACGGCUCCACACAGUACGAGGUGAGCCUGCUCAGUGCUAUCCACAUGCUAGCACGAGCAUGGGGCCGCGUUAAAGAGGAAACAAUUGCAAACUGCUUCAGGACGUGUGGUUUCAGUGCAAGUGUGGUGGGAGUUGGUUCGUCUUCUCCAGUGGGGGAAGUAGACACAAGCGAGCUCAACGACAAUACUCUCGAAGCAGCUCUCGGUGACAUCCCGUUUGAAGAGUACAUCGCUGUUGAUAGCAGUGUUGAAACAUACGGUGCGUUGACGGACACUGAAAUAAUUGAAAUCGUUCGGCCCAACGAGGCUGCUAAAGAAAGUGAAGAGGACGACGACAUUUCAAGUGAGCCACAACCUGCGGCUGCUGAUGUAGCUGCGGGCCUUGCCCUCGCGCAGCGGUUUUUUGCUGCAGAGAGCAACGCCGACAAAGCACUCGGCCAUGUCUACAGCCUGCAGAACUUACUCUCCGUAGCAAGAUGCCGUAAGCAGAAGCAGACGGCAAUAACCGAUUUUUUUUCAUAG